AGGGACUCCAUCACCCUGAUUUUCUGGGUCCGCCACUGGUCAACAGGCUCUGCGCUUACUCCGGUUUAUGUGUAGCGGCAAUACCCAACUGUCCAAGUACAGUUUUGAAAAGCCACAGGUGGUGGUAUUCAUCGCAACUCCGAGGGGAAGAUGCUCUGGGCUAUCAUCUUUGCGCUUUCUGCGUCUUCUCUGGUGGAAGCGGAGCUUAGGGUUAUGAAUGAAGUUGUUCGAUGUGCAGUGGAUGAUGGAUAUUCUGGGUUUCAGGUUGAAUCUGAUUCGAAAAUGGCACUGGCGUUACUGAGUGAAGAUGAUGCUAGGUGUUGGUCGGAUGUUAUUCAGGAAACCAAGCUUAUUGCAAAGAGGAAAGGGUUUUGUUUUGGUCAUGUUAUGCGGGAAACAAACUGGGUAGCCCAUUUUUUAGCGAUGAAUCAUAUGGGCCUUAGAAAAUGAUAUGCAGGCCCAUCGACACUUCCUAUUAGGGCUAGGAGGGCCUAUCAUAUGGACUUAUUUGGAAUCCCUUCCAUUAGAUGUUAGUUUUUUCUUCGUUUUGUUUUCAUCAAUUG